AUGGCUUGUGCAAUCUUCAUUCUCCUCGUCACCAUUUUCUCUUUCUUAAGCUCCAACUAUGUUGCUUAUGCGCAAAAUGAUACCCUCAAACGAGGCCAGCAGCUCCGGGACUAUGAGCAGCUAAUUUCUGCUGGAGGGGUCUUCAGGUUGGGAUUCUUUAGCCCCAACCCGAAUGUAGGCUUGAUCGGUACUGCUGGUGCAAGGUACCUGGGAAUAUGGUUUGAACAGAUACCAUUUUAUUCAGUAUGGGUGGCCAACCGAGACAUCCCAGUCCCUGAUUCCUCUGGUGUGUUAACCAUAGGUGGUGAUGGAAAAUUGAAGAUCACAUACCGAGGAGGCCCACCAAUAGUUAUAAACUCAAAUGUUGAAUCAGCAAAAAAUUUAAGUGGCAAUAUUACUGCCACCCUCCUUGAUUCCGGAAACCUUGUCGUGCGAAAGGUUGAUUGUGAUGGCACUCCAGGAACUGUUUUGUGGCAGAGUUUUGAUUAUCCACACAACAUUUUACUGCCUGGCAUGAAACUAGGUAUGAAUCACAAGACUGGAAAGAACUGGACACUUACUUCAUGGUUGAGUGAAAAAGUUCCUGCUCCUGGUGCAUUCAGGCUAGGCCUGGAUCCAAGUGGCGCUAAUCAGUUACUUGUUUGGCGGCGAGAUGAGGUUUACUGGUCAAGUGGUGUGUGGCAGAACGGAAGUUUUCAAUCAGCACCUGAGCUAACUCAAUUGACAAAAGGAUACAAUAUAUAUGAUUUCAAAUUUGUGGCAAAUGAGGAGGAAACGUAUUUCUCCUAUUCUAUUAAGGAGAGGUCUAUUUUAUCUAGGUUGGACUUGGACACUUUGGGUGAAGUUACACUGUUGACUGUGGACAGACGAGAUGGUAAUAGUCGCUGGAUAUUUGAAACUUCUGGUGCAUGCCAUUAUGGUUUCAAGAAUUCAACUUCAGUUUGCCUUACUGAAAAGCCAACUAAGUGCAGGAAUGGCACUCAAUCUUUUGUGCCGAAGAGAGGGUAUAUCAAUGUGUCAGAGAUAUGGUAUGAUACUGACACAAACUUAUCUCUCAGUGAUUGUCACGCCCGAUGCUGGAAAAAUUGCACCUGUUCUGCAUAUCAGGCUUUGAGUCCCAGUGAUGGCAUUGGUUGCCAUUUUUGGAGCAACGCAUCAAGCUUCAUCCCUCGUGACGACUUCGAGUUUGUUUACCUUCUUACUAAUGAAAGCAACGAAGAAGGUAUCCCAGUUUAA